AGGUAGUAAGAUGUAACAUUGAUGUGGAUAGAUGGAAGACAUAGCCCAUAGGUGAGUAGUAACAAGCUGGUCAGCACCACCUCCACCACCAACCACCUCACUUCCUUCUCACUUCCUACCCCUAAAUUCUUCACUUUUUAUAAUCUUUCGUCAACACCCACCAAUUACAUCCACUAAUCAUCCCCCCCAAUCAUCCCCAUCUCCACCUCCUGUAUUCAUCCCUCAGCAAAGUUUGAUGAUUAGAAGUUGAUUGUUUUUAUGGGCAAUACAUGCCGUGGAUCUUUUGGAAUAAAAGACACACAGGGCUUAAACAAGCCUGAAGACCGGUCGAUUUCGACACAAAACCAUUCCUCUGCACUAUCCAACAACUCUUUAGAUUACUCCCCUAAUACCUUGAUCUCUCAACAGCUUAUAGCCCAAGAGUUUUCCAAAGACCCCCCUAACCCCAAUUCGAAUUCAAAACCGCCACCUGUUCCCAAAAAGGAUAACAGUAUGAGCCGCCACGGGACGUCCAACCAGUCUUACUAUGUUCUCGGUCACAGGACCGAGAAUAUUCGCGAUGUUUACACUUUGGGUCAGAAGUUGGGGCAGGGUCAGUUUGGGACUACUUAUUUGUGCACCGAGAUUGCGACUGGUGUGGAUUAUGCGUGUAAGUCGAUCUCCAAACGGAAGUUGAUCUCCAAAGAGGAUUUGGAGGAUGUUAGGAGGGAGAUUCAGAUAAUGCACCAUUUGGCGGGGCAUAAGAAUAUUGUGACGAUUAAGGGUGCGUAUGAGGAUCCGUUGUAUGUUCAUAUUGUUAUGGAGCUUUGCAAUGGUGGAGAGUUGUUUGAUCGGAUUAUUCAACGGGGGCAUUAUAGUGAACGGAAGGCGGCUGAGUUGACUAAGAUUAUUGUUGGCGUUGUUGAAGCGUGUCAUUCGCUUGGGGUUAUGCAUCGAGACUUGAAACCGGAGAAUUUCUUGUUGGUUAAUAGGGAUGAUGAUUUUUCGCUCAAGGCUAUUGAUUUCGGACUCUCGGUUUUCUUCAAGCCAGGUCAAAUCUUUACGGAUGUGGUGGGAAGCCCGUAUUACGUUGCUCCGGAGGUUCUCUUGAAGCAUUACGGUCCAGAAGCGGAUGUGUGGACCGCAGGGGUGAUACUUUACAUAUUGCUCAGUGGUGUGCCCCCGUUUUGGGCUGAAACACAACAAGGGAUAUUUGAUGCGGUUUUGAAGGGAUACAUAGACUUUGAGUCGGACCCGUGGCCUCUUAUAUCUGACAGUGCAAAGGAUCUUAUUAGGAAGAUGUUAUGCUCUCGACCGUCAGACCGCCUAACUGCUCAUGAAGUUCUAUGUCAUCCUUGGAUUUGUGAAAACGGUGUUGCUCCUGAUAGAGCACUGGAUCCAGCCGUUCUUUCUCGUUUGAAGCAGUUCUCUGCAAUGAACAAGUUAAAGAAAAUGGCUUUGCGGGUUAUAGCCGAAAGCCUGUCUGAAGAGGAGAUUGCUGGUUUGAGAGAGAUGUUCAAAGCGAUGGAUACUGAUAACAGUGGUGCGAUAACAUUUGAUGAACUGAAAGCCGGUUUAAGGAAGUUCGGUUCCACGUUGAAAGAUACAGAGAUACGAGACCUUAUGGAUGCAGCUGAUGUGGACAACAGCGGUACGAUUGAUUAUGGAGAAUUUGUAGCUGCUACUAUACAUCUGAACAAGCUGGAAAGAGAAGAACACCUUGUGGCUGCAUUCCAGUAUUUCGACAAGGAUGGAAGCGGUUAUAUAACCGUCGACGAGCUCCAGCAAGCUUGUGCGGAUCACAAUAUGACUGAUUUUCUUGUUGAGGAUAUCAUCAAAGAAGUUGACCAAGAUAACGAUGGGAGAAUCGAUUAUGGGGAAUUUGUGGCGAUGAUGACCAAAGGGAAUGCAGGAGUUGGAAGAAGAACAAUGCGCAACAGUCUGAAUAUAAGCAUGAGAGAUGCACCAGGGGCACUCUAGUAAUUUCCUUUCCACGUUCCGCCUACAGAUUGUACAGCAGGAUGAGUGAGAAUAGGAGGUGUGGCAGUUAAUUGGAUGGGUCGCGGAUGUUUUAACGUUUGAUCAUAUGCGUUUGUGUUGUGUUGUAUUAUUUCAAAUGUAAGAACUUAAAAGAGUGCACAGUUUCUUGUUGUCAUUGCUGUUCAAAUUCUUGUAAGUUGUACCCUUGGGACAACACUUGUUUAAUUUAAUAGCAGGUUGAAUCAGUUAAAACUUUA